AUGCCCACAUCCACCGGCGGACUCUCGACGCUACGCCCACAUCCACCAGCGGACUCUCGACGCUACGCCCACAUCCACCAGCGGAAUCUUGACGCUACGCCCACAUCCACCAGCGGACUCUUGACGCUACCUGCCCUCGCUAAUGGUUCUGACCAGAGGGGCCCCUCGCCACAGCUUCGGACCAGAGGGGGCCCCUCGCCACAGCUUCGGACCAGAGGGGGCCCCUCGCCACAGCUUCGGACCAGAGGGGGCCCCUCGCCACAGCUUCGGACCAGAGGGGGCCCCUCGCCACAGCUUCGGACCAGAGGGGGCCCCUCGCCACAGCUUCGGACCAGAGGGGGCCCCUCGCCACAGCUUCGGACCAGAGGGGCCCCUCGCCACAGCUUCGGACCAGAGGGGCCCCUCGCCACAGCUUCGGACCAGAGGGGCCCCUCGCCACAGCUUCGGACCAGAGGGGCCCCUCGCCACAGCUUCGGACCAGAGGGGCCCCUCGCCACAGCUUCGGACCAGAGGGGCCCCUCGCCACAGCUUCGGACCAGAGGGGCCCCUCGCCACAGCUUCGGACCAGAGGGGCCCCUCGCCACAGCUUCGGACCAGAGGGGCCCCUCGCCACAGCUUCGGACCAGAGGGGCCCCUCGCCACAGCUUCGGACCAGAGGGGCCCCUCGCCACAGCUUCGGACCAGAGGGGCCCCUCGCCACAGCUUCGGACCAGAGGGGCCCCUCGCCACAGCUUCGGACCAGAGGGGCCCCUCGCCACAGCUUCGGACCAGAGGGGCCCCUCGCCACAGCUUCGAACCAGAGGGGCCCCUCGCCACAACCCUGGACCAGAGGGGCCCUCGCCACCGCCCCGGACCAGAGGGGCCCCUCGCCACAGCUUCGGACCAGAGGGGCCCCUCGCCACACCCCCGGACCAGAGGGGCCCUCGCCCGGGACCAGAGGGCCCGGGUAUCAUUAAGGGAACACGAAGCUCCGGGAACCCCAGUCAGGAUCUGUACGUUAUGGCUUAUAUCUUCUUUUUAAUUAUCUGA